AUGGAUGACAAAACAAGAGUUUUAGUUCUUUUGAUUCAAGAACUUUCAAAUUUGACAAGUAAUGGAGAUUCUAAAUUAACCAAUGUUCAUUUGAAGAAGAUUGUUUCAAGAUACAAUACAAUUUUAACAAAAGGAAUCAAGACAAACAAUCAAGCAGAAAAGUUGAGAGAUACAAUAGAAGAAUUUGAAAGGCAAAGAGGAUUUUUAGAACAAACCAUAACAGGAAUGAAAAGAACCCUAUCGACAAGAGAAGAGCAUCUAAAAAACGAUCUUUUAAGAAAGAAUAAUGAAAAUUCCAUUUUAGUAGAAGAAAUCAAUCAAUUAAGAAAAGAUCAAAAGCAGUACAAACAAAGAAUAAUAUCUUUAGAAUACCAGCUCAAGAAUGCUCUUCAUUUCCAACAGCAAGCACAAAGAGAAUUGAACUCCUCGGCCUCCAAUCCUGCAUCGACUAUAUCUUCUGCGAGAUCAAGACGAGUUGGAAGUGCCACAUCUGCAAGUAGAUCUUCCCUUAAUAGAAUACGAACUCCGGAUGCAUUCUUUGGAAAUAGUGACAUUACAGGUUUGGACAGACGAAAGGUUGCUGAAUUUGUGGACUCUCUAGAAAAGAAUAACAAACGAUUCGAACAACAACAGCAGGAUAUUGACAAACUAAAGAACUAUGUUCAAAACUUGUUGGAAGAUGAGGGUUCGAAAUCUCCUUCAUCACAAAGUGACGAUAAUAACAUUUCGUUUGGCGAUUCUCCUCUUCUGGUUUCAUCAGAAAAGCAAAAACCAAAAUUGGCUCCGAUUAAGAUAAAUAAAUAAUUUAUUGUUUUUGUCGC